AUGCUCAAGUUGUCACGGCCUGGACCACAAAGCUCUACCUUGAAGACGUCUUCACUAAAUGUAGGCUUCCUCGUACUACCAUCGAGAUCGAACGGCUCUUCUGGUUUAGUUGUGGUUGGCGACCAAUCGAGCGGCAAGAGCUCCGUGCUAGAAGCAGUGAUGGAAUUGCUGCUUCCUCGAAGUGGCACGCUUUGCACGAGGUUUGCUACUAAUAUUACCUUUUCGAAGUUCCUCAGAACCAAGCAUUACCGCCUCAAUCAUCCCUGGUCCGUCAAGGUCCACGGGCAAAAAGACGCAAUUGCAGAUUUUAAGAGACAGUUGACUGCGCUUGGUGGGGAUACCUUGUUAUCUGUUUUGAACGAGCAGUUCAAGCAGUUCAAGCAGUUCAAGCAGUUCAAGCAGUUCAAGCAGUUCAAGCAGUUCAAGCAGUUCAAGCAGUUCAACCAGUUCAAGCAGUUCAAGCAGUUCAACCAGUUCAACCAGUUCAACCAGUUCAACCAGUUCAACCAGUUCAAGCAGUUCAAGCAGUUCAAGCAGUUCAACCAGUUCAACCAGUUCAACCAGUUCAACCAGUUCAACCAGUUCAACCAGUUCAAGCAGUUCAAGCAGUUCAAGCAGUUCAACCAGUUCAACCAGUUCAACCAGUUCAACCAGUUCAACCAGUUCAACCAGUUCAACCAGUUCAACCAGUUCAACCAGUUCAGUUCAGUUCGAAUUUGA